CGACCACGCGACCAUACAUCAUACAUCGUCACUCGCCAGUUGUGUUUCGAACCGCCAUAAAGUGAGACGUGUCACCAUCUUACAUACAUUCAUUAUUGUUUAAUCAAAAAAAUAAGAUCCUCGCGACGAUGGGUCUAUUGAAUAUAGAAGAGGAAAGCGGUGAUAUAUGUACGGAGUUGGUAUUCUUUGUUAACGGGAAAAAGGUAGUUGAACCCAAUCCUGAUCCAGAAUGGACGCUACUCUGGUAUUUGAGGAAGAAGUUGCGUCUGACAGGCACCAAGCUGGGUUGCGCUGAAGGAGGAUGCGGGGCCUGCACUGUUAUGAUAUCCAAAUACAACCGUGUUGAGAAGAAAGUCUACCACCUGGCAGUGAAUGCAUGUCUAGCGCCUGUGUGCGCCAUGCAUGGCUUGGCAGUAACUACAGUUGAAGGCAUUGGGUCAACGAAAACUAGAUUACACCCAGUACAAGAACGCAUAGCUAAGGCACACGGCUCACAAUGCGGAUUCUGCACGCCAGGAAUUGUCAUGUCUAUGUACACUUUACUUAGAACCAACAGUACUAUUUCAUUUAGUGAUAUGGAAGUCGCUUUCCAAGGAAAUCUUUGCAGAUGUACAGGAUACAGAGCUAUUAUAGAAGGAUAUAAAACCUUCAUAGAAGAUUGGGAGACACAACGCAUCUCUAAUGGGUCUACCAAUGGUACACAAAAUGGUCAAAACAAUGUAUGUGCUAUGGGUAAAGACUGUUGUAAAAACAAGACUGAUAAAGGCGAGGAUGCAAGCGAAACAGAAUAUAUCUUUGAUAGAUCCUCAUUUUUGCCAUACGACAAAAGUCAAGAACCCAUAUUUCCACCAGAGUUGAAGCUGUCAUCAAUUUAUGACGAUCAAUAUUUGGUAUUCAAAGGGCAAAAAGUUUCGUGGUACAGACCAAAAGAAUUAAAUACAAUUUUGAAAUUAAAGAAAACUUAUCCAGAUGCGAAAAUUGUUGUCGGAAAUACUGAAGUUGGAGUCGAAGUAAAAUUCAAGCACUGCGUUUACCCUACCAUAAUAACGCCUAACUCCAUACCAGAAUUAAAUUCGAUCACCGAAAAUGAAAAUGGGUUAACAAUAGGAGCCGCAGCUACUCUAAUGGAUAUAGAAAAUAAUUUGAGGAAGUACAUAAAAGAGUUGCCCAAAUAUAAAACUCGUUCUUUUGUAACUAUUGUAGAAAUGCUUAACUGGUUUGCUGGCAAACAAAUAAGAAAUGUUGCAGCUAUAGGUGGAAAUAUAAUGACUGGUAGUCCCAUAUCAGAUUUGAAUCCGAUUUUAAUGGCCUUAAAGGUUAAGCUUAAUUUGGUGAGCGAAGAUGGUGGACAUCGGUCUGUUUUGAUGGAUGAAACAUUCUUCACUGGCUAUAGAAAAAAUGUUGUUAAGCCGAACGAAAUUCUAUUGUCUAUAGAGAUUCCCUAUUCGAAUAAAUACCAGUACGUUACAGCAUUUAAGCAAGCCAAGAGAAGAGAAGACGAUAUCUCAAUUGUCACCGCAGCAAUCAACGUCGAAUUUGAAGAUAACAGUAAUGUUAUAAAGCACCUUAACGUGGCUUUCGGUGGUAUGGCUCCUGUAACUAAAUUGGGCACAAAAACUAGUGAAGCUUUAAAGGGAGAAAAAUGGAACGAAGCUAUGUUGGACAAAGCUUUUUCAUCAUUGAUAGAAGAAUUUCCAUUAAGUCCUUCUGCUCCUGGAGGAAAUAUACAAUUUAGAAGAACUUUAACAAUGAGUUUGUUCCUCAAGGCUUACUUAGCAAUAGCUAAACAAAUGACCAAAGAUUACAUACAUGAAGAUCUUAUUAUUCCAUAUCACAGCAGUGGUGCUGACCAAUUUCAUAGUGAUGUUCCAAAAAGCGCUCAAUAUUUUGAUUUAGUUGGAGAGGAACAAGUUAAAAGUGAUGCUGUUGGAAGGCCACUGACACAUAUGUCAGCAUUUAAGCAGACGACCGGAGAAGCAAUAUACUGUGAUGAUAUUCCUACUGCAGAAGGUGAGCUCUAUUUAGCAUUUGUUCUCAGCACAAGAGCUCACGCUAAACUGCUUUCGGUAAAUGCUGAGAAAGCCUUGAAAAAACCAGGAGUCGUCGCAUUCUUUUCUGCUAAGGAUUUAACUACUGAACAAAACGCUAUCGGACCUAUUUUCCACGAUGAGGAAUUAUUUGUAAGUGAGAAAGUUACAAGUCAGGGCCAGACUAUUGGUGUUAUCGUAGCACAAGAUCAAGCAACAGCACAAGAGGCAGCUAGAAUGGUAGAAAUUCAAUAUGAAGAUAUUCAUCCAAUUAUUGUAACAAUAGAAGAUGCUAUUGAAAAGAAUUCAUUUUACCCACAAUUUCCUAAAACGAUCAGGAGAGGAGACGUACAAAGCGCCUUUGAAGACAAGAACCAUAUUAUAAUAGAAGGUCAAUGUCGAAUGGGCGGUCAAGAACACUUUUAUUUGGAAACUCAUGCUGCUUUUGCGAUUCCAAAGAAAGAAGAUGAUGAAUUAGAAAUAUUUUGUUCCAGUCAACAUCCUUCAGAAAUAGCGAAAUUAGUGAGCCACAUAUUGCAUGUCCCCAUGAACAGAAUUGUGGCUCGUGUAAAACGUAUGGGUGGUGGAUUUGGUGGCAAAGAAUCUCGUGGUAUGCUAGUGGCAUUACCUGUUGCAUUCGCAGCUCAUAAACUUCAGAAGCCAGUCCGAUGCAUGCUCGAUCGAGACGAAGAUAUGAUGAUGACUGGCACCAGACAUCCAUUCUUGAUCAAAUAUAAGGUGGCUGUAACUCCAGAAGGCAAAUUAAUGGCUGCACAAGUAAAUAUUUACAACAAUGGGGGAUAUUCUAUAGAUUUAUCAGGCCCUGUGGUUGAAAGAGCUAUGUUCCACUACGAAAAUGCUUAUUUCAUUCCGAACGCCGAGGUAACCGGACACGUUUGUAAGACCAAUUUGCCAUCAAAUACUGCUUUCCGAGGAUUCGGUGGUCCACAGGGUAUGUUCGGUGCCGAGAGUAUAAUUGAAGAUAUCGCAUUUAAACUUGGCAAGAGCUCUGAUGAGAUCCGCAGACUUAACUUGUACCAAGAAAACUCAAUAACCCACUACCAUCAAGUUUUGGAGAGUUGUACUCUGCAAAGAUGUUGGGACGAAUGCGUACAGAAAAGUAAAUUAGCCGAAAGGAGACUGCAAAUCGAAAAGUUUAAUAAGGAGCACAGAUGGAGAAAGCGUGGUAUAGCAAUUAUUCCAACGAAGUUUGGUAUUGCAUUCACGGAAAAGCUACUCAAUCAGGCUGGAGCAUUAGUCCUAAUAUAUGUAGAUGGAUCAGUUCUGUUAUCCCAUGGUGGAACUGAAAUGGGUCAAGGUCUUCACACAAAGAUGAUCCAGGUUGCUUCUCGUGCACUAGGAAUUGAUGUGUCUAAGAUUCAUAUUAGUGAAACUUCAACGGACAAAGUGCCCAAUACUUCAGCAACAGCUGCCAGUGCUGGAUCGGAUUUGAACGGCAUGGCUGUCCUGCAAGCUUGUGAGACUCUUGCAAAGAGGCUGCAACCAUUCAAAGAGAAGAAUCCCAAUGGUAAAUGGGAAGACUGGGUGCUAUCAGCUUGGAUCGACAGAGUUAGUUUGUCCGCUUCAGGCUUCUACGCAACUCCUGGUAUUGGUUAUAACAUCAAUGAGAAUUCAGGAACACCUUUCAAUUACUUCACAUAUGGAGCUGCAUGUACAGAGGUUGAGAUUGAUUGUCUCAGUGGUGACCACAAAGUCAUAAGAAGUGAUAUUGUGAUGGAUUUGGGUGAAAGUUUGAACCCAGCAAUAGACAUUGGUCAAAUUGAAGGCGGGUUUAUACAAGGUUACGGUUUGUUCACAUUGGAAGAGCUGAUCUAUUCUCCGAAUGGUACUCUGUUUUCAAGAGGGCCUGGUGCUUACAAAAUUCCUGGUUUCGGCGACAUUCCUCAAGAAUUCAAUGUAUCCUUGCUCAAAGGAGCUCCAAAUCCGAGAGCAGUCUACUCGUCAAAGGCUGUGGGUGAACCACCACUAUUUUUGGCGGCGUCCGCAUUCUUUGCGAUAAAAGAAGCAAUAAGAGCGGCGCGGGCCGAUGCUGGCGUAUCUUUAGACUUCCAGUUGGAGUCGCCCGCGACUUCUGCCCGUAUUCGUAUGGCCUGCGAGGAUCAUAUUACUAAGAAGUUGGACCAACCAAAAGCAGGCACCUUCGUACCAUGGAACGUCGUCCCAUAGUUUAUCGUUUAAAAAAAAAAUGUCUACACAAGCCAAAACAGAGGUUGUGAAAUAGUUGUCUAUCUCAUCUAAAUGUUAUUUAAUGUACUUUUAAUUUAUAUUUUAAUAAAACAGGCUAAAAGCAAUGUCUGUUUAGCAUUCUUGUCUUAAAUAUAAAUUCUUUAUUUUUUAUAGAAUAUAUUUAUUUUGUUAUGUAAUGUAACAGAAUAUUUUUGCAAAAAUGUUUAGUUGUGCAAACAAUAUACGUUAUUAUUUUUAA